GUCACUCGCGUGUGGGAGGGCGGCAAGUGCGAGACGUACACGGUGUCCAAGUUCUGCUCGGGCAAGUCUCGGAUUGGCACCCGCCGGAAGGCAGAUUCCUGCCCCAAGCAGUUUGACUUGGCACUCGACGCGGCUUCGAGCAAGCUCUGGUGGGGAGUACCUGUGAAACACUCCUGCGACGCCGGCGUCGUCGACGAAGGGGCUUCAGACUGCACCUUGCAGUGGUACAAGCCAGGAUCGCGGAGACCCACGUUCGCUUGGUGCGCCAAGCUGGACCCGCAGGUUGCACAGGACAGCGCGACUACCUGGCAUUCCUUGGACGAGGUGGAGGCCUCGCUGGCGGCGGUGCAUCUCGAAGAAGUAGAGGCCUCGCCGGGAGCGCCCUGGCUGCCGUCCGACAAGGAGCUCCCUCCGCUGGCUGGCCCCGACUCGAGGGGCGUCGAGGAGCUCCCUCCGCCAGCCGGCCCGGGCACGGAGGCGUGCGCGGAGGCGCCUGGCGGGCGGGGCGUCGUGGACGGUGCCGCCCGCCCGCGGCGCGGCCGCAACAAGAUGACGGCCCGCCUGGGCCCCGCCGCCGCGGAGGCGGCGGCGAUGUCGGGGGAGCUGCUGCGAGCGCUGCGCGCCGGGGACGGCCGUGAGCCGCCCGCAGAGGAGGGGGCGCCCCCAGCGGAGGUGUCCCGCGGGGCCGAGGCCGAGCCAGCGGGCGGCGUGCCACGCGGCUUCCGGCCGCCGCCGGGCCUGGAGCCGCCGCCGGGCCCGGCGCCGCCCCUCGCGCCGCGGCGGCGGCCGCCCGGGCGCGGCUGCCCCGCGGCGGUGGGCGCGCCGCCGCAGCCGCCGCCGCUGCCGGGGCAACCCCGAGCUGAGGUCGAGGCCGAGGCGGAGGCGGGCGAAUUCAGUAUCACGUUGGACAGGAGCUGUGGCACCGCCUACGGGGGGAGGAUGGCCUUCGCGGGCGCGGACGCCGCUGCCCUGCAGAUCGACCGCAUCGACACGCAGGGCCUUUUCCACCUCUGGAACGCUGGGAACCCGGAGAGGGCGAUCAGGCCCGGCGACCGCGUCAUCGAGGUGAACGGCUGCCGCGGCCACGCGUCGGUGCUCACGGCACAGCUGAAGCAGGCCAGGGUGCACAGCAUCGUCGUCCGAAGAUCGCUGGAGGCGCCCGCGGCGGAGGCCGCCGGCGGGCCUCCAGCGCCACGGGCCCACGCUGGGGGAGGGGCGGCGCAGGCGGAUGGGCAUCGGCACCGAGCGGGAGGCGGCGGCUCCGCGGGCGUGAGCCUGGUGCCCGCGGGGGCGGGGGCGCGUGCCGCCGACGAGGCCCCGCGGCCGGGGCCCCUCGAGGGCGGGUGGCGCGACAGGUGCGGCAAGGUGUGCGCCAUAACUGGAACGACGCUACGGUGGACCCACCCAACGGCUGGGGCGACGGCCACGAGGGUGGAGCUGAUGGGUGUCACCGUCCGCAUGGUGUUCCUUGGGCGGGUGCAGUGUGGAGUGCUGCAGGGCGACCAGAUAUGCUGGUCGAAGUCGGACAUCUGGUGGAAGGAUCGGCCGUGCGUUUAG